GAUAACUGUAACUUGCUUGCUGACAGGCCGGUUCCUGAUUGAUUUAAUGACCAUCACCUGCUCUUUAGAUAACCUCUUCUCGAAACGAAUCCAGCGUCUACACUCGUUAUCCCGUAUCCCGUUCUCACGCUCAUCCUCCCCUGUAUCACGUCAUCGGCGUCCCUCUUAGCUGCAUCGGAGCUUCACAAGCUGAAUUUCAAGGGCGUCUCCGGCUGAACAGACAAAGAGACGUUAUUACAAUCGCAUAUUGAUCCAUUACCGCAUACCUGCCUACCGUGAGAAACAGAUCCGAAACCCAUUGACAAAGGGAGUGGAGGACGGAUUCCGCAUCGACUCGGGAACCAUUCAUCACCUUGUCUCACUCAGAACCUCCGGAUUAAACCACCUCACACAUCAGACAAACUCCACAACCAUGCUCAUUAUCGGUCUCACCGGAUCCAUCGCGACCGGUAAAUCGACCGUGUCCGCCCUCCUCUCCGCACCUCCCUACUCCCUGCCCAUCAUCGAUGCAGACCUCAUCGCCCGCCAGGUCGUCGAGCCCGGGACGCCCGCCUACCGCGCGAUUGUGAACUACUUCGGACCCAGCACGCCCGAUCUCCUCCUCCCCGACUCUGAGGGCAAAGAGGACAGACCACUGAACCGACCAGCGCUAGGCCGGCGCGUCUUCGGUGACAGCGAGGAGCGCAAACGGGACCGAAUGAUCCUGAAUAAAAUCGUCCAUCCGGCCGUGCGGCGCGAGAUAUACAAAGCAUUACUAUACUACUACCUCCGUGGAUAUUGGGCGGUCGUGCUGGACGUCCCGCUGCUCUUCGAGUCCGGAAUGGACGUAAUUUGUGGCACGGUCGUGGUAGUCGGGGUGCAUGAUCCCGCAGUGCAGAUGCAGCGCCUACGCGCGCGCGAUCCGCAUCUCAGCGCGGAGGAUGCAGAAAACCGCGUCCGCAGCCAGGGUGAUGUGUUGGGCAAAGUGGCAAAGGCAGAGUUUCGGGGCACGAGCAAUGCGCGCGGCGUGAUUGUCUGGAAUGAUGGCGACAAGGCAGAUCUUGAGAAGGAGAUUCAGAGGGCAAUGAGCACGAUCAGUGCGUCGAGUCCGAAAUGGUGGUCGUGGGUUUUACUCCUGGCGCCGCCGCUGGGCGCUGCGUGUGCAGUAUGGAACAUGGCGGUCAACUUUACGACGAAGAGGAGUUGGGAUCAGAAGGCACAGAGGGAAAAGGCGAAACUGUGAGCCUUUCCCUGUUUUACAUAAUCUGAGUAAUGGAUCUAACUAUAUGAUACUCUUUUUCUGUGGGCGAUGAGUUAUCAUUUGUAAAUAUUAUCGACCUUAUACCUAUUCUUCGUUCAUACGGGAUAUUUUGUCUUGGCACUUACUAUAGUUCGUAUAUUUGGAUAUUAUGGAUUAUUCUUGAUUCCCUUCAAUUAAUCACUAACGAAAGU